AUGUUAUCGGGUCUGACGUUAGAGAACGCCAUACUUUUCAAUGCAACAAAGAAGAUAGCAAACCCUCCCGACAAGACGUUUUUCCUCGCUCUCAUGGGCGGUAUCUGGGUUGGUAUUGGUGGAAUAGCUGGCAUCAGUGCAGCAGGAGGCGUUCCUGACUCUGUACGACUCCAGUGGGUUUCGCUGCCACGAUUUCUGAUCGGCUCUUUCUUUGCCUUUGCACUUCAUUUCAUAGUCAUGUUUGGUGGCGAGCUAUUCACGGGUAAUCUAAUGAUCCUGGCGAUCGGAUGGUUCAAUCGGGAAGUUUCCUUGUGGCCACUGCUGAUACACACCUUCAUUGUGUAUAUUGGUAAUUGGAGCGGUACGCUUCUGGUGGCCUACUUCAUCGGAUACCUUACGAAGCUUUUCGUCGCUGUGCAAUAUCGCUCGUUCUUGGAUGAGCUUGUUGUUAGCAAACUGGAAGGACCAAACUGGGGCGAGAUCUUUCUUCGGGCCAUACCAGCCAACAUCAUGGUCUGCAUGGCCAUCAUGCUAAGCAUUGCAGCACGCAGCGCGAGUGGAAAGAUGAUAGCUCUCUGGUUCCCAGUAGUCAUGUUUGUACUCAGUGGAUAUGAGCAUUGCAUCGCCAAUAUGUUGUUCCUUUCCGUGGGAUUGAUGUACGGUGCGCCAUCGACAAUUGGUCGCCUCUGGUACAACCAGUCCGCUGCUGUUUUGGGCAACCUUGUUGGCGGAGCCAUCUUCAUCGGGUUGACUGCCCACCUGUCUAAUCAUUGGAAGUCGGUGAUUUUUACCUCUAAUGAACCUGGCACCUUUCUGGGUCAUGAUGUGGAAAGCACUCGCCAGGCGCGGGAUCAACAAUCGGCUGGCGCGUCGUCACCAGACAAUACUGGAACGGAUGGAGAAGAUCAGCAGAAAUGGCAUGGAGAUGAGAUUGUGUAA